AUGAAUCAAACACCUCGAAAUCCAAAGCGAACUCGACAAAAGUCUCCGUCACGUUCAAUUGCGGUCGACCGCCGAAGCAACAACGGACCACCACCUUUGGAUGAUCAAGACUCUGAUCGGAUCGUUGUGAUCAACGAAAACACCAGUCUCACCCAGCCCGAAACCCCUAGCACCAGCCAGCCUAAUACAUCAGGCCCUCGCGAACUCACUGACAUGGAGGAACUAGGUAAGUCCCAUCAUGUUUGA